AUGAACUUCUUCCACAUCUUUAGUUUUGUCUUCAUCUCGAGCAUACUUGGGUGUGCCGCCAUCUCGAGUGAAACUAAGGUUCUGUCGUCGACAGAAUCUCUUAGCCUAUCUCCCAACCGAAACAUCGUGUCUCAUGGUGCUGUCUUCGAGCUUGGUCUCUUCAAACCUGAUCAUUCAAGUUUGGAACGUUGGUAUCUCGGGAUUUGGUUCAAGACAGAAAAAACAUAUAUUGUAUGGGUUGCAAACAGAGACAAACCUCUCUCUAAACCUAACGGAACCCUCCAGAUCAAGAACGGUAACAUCCUCCUGCUCGACCAAACUACCCUUGUUUGGUCAACAAAUGUGACGACGACGGAGAAGAAAAGUGAUGAGAGAUCUCCGUUAGUGGCCGAGCUUCACGCUGAUGGCAACUUCGUGCUGCGUCGUCACUCCAGCAACAGUAAUGAUCAUCAUCAUGAUCCAGAUAGUACUUUUCUGUGGCAGAGUUUCGAUUUUCCUACCAACCUUUUGCUACCGUACACGAAACUCGGUUGGACGCGCAGAAGCGGGCGUAGCAGUGUGCUCAGAUCGUGGAAAAACGAUCACAAUGAUCCAUCAAGUGGCGAGUUUUCAUUUGGAUUCGACUCUGCAAGUCAGUUUCGAGCGAUCCCGGCGAUUUUCACUUGGAAAGGGACUUCUCCGAUUAACCGUUUUAGCCCUUGGCUUGGAGCUUUCACUUAUGGCAUUCCUCGAGAAAGCCCUUCUCGCUAUCUCACAUUUACGCUAACAGCGACCAAGGAAGAGGUGACUUUCUUCUUCUCUUGGGCUGAUAAAACAUCCAAAUCGGUUCUUAAGUUAAACGCCACGGGAGUAAUACAACUGCUAGUGUUGAAUGCCAAGAACCGAAGAUGGGACACCUUGUGGACAUCAACAACUGACCGUUGCGAGGAUUACAGCUUGUGUGGUCCGGACAGCUACUGUGAUAAGGAGGUGUGUAACUGUAUGAGUGGGUUUGAGCCCAAGAACCCGCAUGCAUGGACGUCUGGAAACAGGAGAGAUGGGUGUGUGAGGAAGAGACCUCUGAGCUGUAAUAAUGGAGAUAAAUUUAUUCCGCUGAGUAAUGUCAAGUAUCCUGAUACUAGUAAUGCGAGUAUGCACUGGGGGAUUGAGAAGUUGAACGAAUGUGAGAAGUUGUGCUUGAGUAAUUGUAGCUGCACUGCCUUUGCCAUUGUUGCUAAGCAAGUUGGUAAUGGUUUAUCGGGUUGUGUGCACUGGACCGGAGAGCUCUUGGAUGUUCGCAGAUACGUCAUCAAUGUCAAUCAGAUUCUUUAUGUCAGAAGUCACGGUUGA